GAACCUCUUUCCUGAGAUUUAGAAUCCAUCUUCUUCUCCAAAAUGGCUUCAAACUGUUCCCCAGAAAUAGCCAAGGUGUUCGUCCCUUCAUUUCCCAUGUUCCAAGUUUAUAAAGACGGUCGAGUCGAGAGACUCCGGGAAACUGAAACGGUGCCACCAUGCGACGACCCUCAACUCGCCGUUCGAUCCAAGGACACACCGGUGUCUACCCUCACCUCGGCUCGUAUUUUUCUCCCCCAAACCGCAGACCCCACCGCCAAAAUCCCGCUUCUCAUCUACAUCCACGGCGGCGCGUUUUGCCUAGAGUCUCCUUUCUCUCCUACUUAUCAUAAAUACCUCACUUCCGUGGUCAAUAAAGCCAAAGUAAUAGCAGUUUCGGUAGAGUACAGAAAAGCCCCGGAGUACAAGCUCCCCAUUGCAUACGACGACGUAUGGACCGCGAUCAAGUGGGUGGCUUUGCACGCUAAAAGGGACGGUCCCGAGCCAUGGCUCAACGAAAGAGCCGACUUCGAUCGAGUCUUCUUGGCCGGAGACAGUGCUGGUGCCAACAUUGCACAUAACAUGAUAAUGAAAGCUUCUGGUGCAUCAGUGGAUGACCUGAUUAGACUCAGAUUCGUUGGUUUGCUUUUGUUAAACCCUUAUUUCACGAACCAUGAGCGCGAUGAGCUGAUUGAGUUCAUUUUUCCGACAAGCAGCGGUUGGAAUGACCCGAUGUUGAACCCGGGUUGCGACGUUGACAAGCUAGCUGCCGGUCUGAUUUGCGAAAGGGUUCUGGUUUGUGUUGCGGAUAAAGACUUCUUGAGAGAAAGGGGAGUGAGUUACUAUGAAGCAGUGAAGAAGAGCGGGUGGAAUGGAGUUAUAGAGAUGGCGGAAACUCAAGGAGAGGGACAUGUUUUUUUCUUGUUAAAACCGGAUUGCGAAAAAGCCGUGGACUUGAUGAACCGAGUUUCUUCAUUUAUGAACCCUUGAAAACUUGAAACCCAACCCAUCAUGCCUCCAUGGAUCAGUUGUGGUUAAUUUGGGUUCAUCUGUU